CUGCGCAUUCCCGCCGGCGACUUUCUUCCGAACCUGCGUUAUGCCUUCUACUCUUUCCUUUUCCUAAUCUCAUCUCGUCUUCUAUACCUCUCCUUCAUCAUCGCACGGCAUGGAGGAGCCGACGUCUCGUUCGCCCAUUGCGAGCGCACGCAGGCAACGCUCGACGUUGUGCACAAUAUGCUCCGUGGUCGGCCUACUGGCGGCCUUUGUCAUCUCGUACCUGGCGAUUGAGGGGACGUUGAGCGUCAAAGGGAGCUUCAACACCUUGCAUCCUGAUCUGAUGCAGGUCGACCCUAAGCUCACAAGCCACUUGGUUCCCAUCGCACAACCUCUGCUCGACAGGGACACGCCGUUCGGCAUCCGGGCGACGGUAUGGAUGGACGUGACGCAGCACGUUGAGCAGGGCUUACCGUUGCCCGACGAUGCGCGAUUGGUGUCUUACUCGGUGCACGGCGCGAACCGCUCGGAGCUGAUUCUCUACGACGCCGUCGUGGCUGAAAGUGUCACGUCGAUGUCCAAGGCCUCUCUGACGCUUCCCUUGAACAUUCCGGUCCACCCGCUCUACUCGCAAGAGCUGGGUCCUUCCUCCCUGCGCGUUGCCUUUACCGCAGUGCCCAGCAACGAGACGCUCAGCAAGCUGGGCGCAUUCAUCGGCGCCAACUCGCUGUUUCGCGGCUCUCGCCUCAUGCUACCUCGCACGCUCGACUCUGAGCGUUUGACGCCUGGCCACGACUUUGGCACCACGACCGCGGUGCCGUCGCUCGAGGCUGCCCUGGAACAGAACUCUGCGAGCAUCAGCCUUUUGGCUCUUCUUCCCGCGGGCAUACGACACGAGCAGCCGGAGGAAGGGCGCAGCUUCGAUUGCGCCAGCCAAAAGAUUCUGCCGCCAAGCCUGGCUUUCCUCGACAACGUCUACCAGAAUCGCCACUUCGUCAAUCGCGUUCACAACGACUCGCUGGGAGGACGCCUCUACCUCGACAAUCAGUGCCAGCUGCAUCUACCCCACAUUCGCUCUCGGAUCGGCAUCGUGAUGCUCAACGAUUUUCGCUCUUUCUUCAAGGCCGUCUACACGAGUGCGCAGCGCGAAGUUGCAGCCGAAGAGAACCGAUGUCAUCGCUCCUCGGACGACCCGAAUGUUCAGCAGCUCCUCUUGGCCAGCCACUGCCGUAAUGUACGAGAACAUGGCCCGCUCGAGGUGCUGUUGUGGUUCGAUGGCACCAGCGAAGACAUCGGUGACAGCCUGACCAAGCAGUACCGCUACGCCCCCUCGCUACGCGUCUCUCGUACGCCUGGCCACCCGGGCCAUCACCUGACCCUCCCGCGUAGACGCCCAAUCGACGGCGAUCUGCCCGCUCGACCUCCCGCCGGACCCUGUGCGGUCCCGCACAUUCAGCUGAGUGAGGAUCCCGCAUUUUUCCACGCCGAUGUCGAAGUGCACUUCUCCGCGCACCAAGCCAUCCGCACCAACAUGGCCGAGCAACUGGAUGUAUUCGAAGGAUCGCCGCCCGAGCCUGCGUCUGGACAACUCCCCAUUGACGUUGGGCAAGAGGUGACGCUCAAUUCGUCCAUGGCGAUGGAGUACAUGUGGGAGGCCAAAGCUGCUCUCGUUGGCGACCGCAUCCAUCCUCAACACCGCCCGUUCCUAACUGCGGUCCCGCUCCUCGACGCGGCUGUGCCCUUUCUGGUCUGCAUACUCGACACCCUCUACUGGUCGUCUCGAACCACAAGUGCCGGCCUCUCCAUCACCGCUCAAUGGAUCGGCGCCGCAAGCCUGGUCCUUGCCUUCUUCAGCUCCGUGCUCGGGCUCAUUGAGCAGCCAGACGCCGCAAGCAUCAUCAUGUUCGUCGUACUCGUCCCGAUCGACCUCUUCCGCGUGUACUACCAGACACUCGUGCUUCUACGCAUCCAACCCUCGACGUCAUGGCGUCGCCUCACACGUCGUCCCGCAUGGAAGGGCGAGGUCAAGAGUCGCGCCGUCGAGAAGCUCUCGCCAAUCUCCCAUCCCGCUUUGCCGGCCGCCCUCGUCGCCCUCUUUGCCGGGUACCACUAUUGGCUUCGACCCCACGACCUAGCUGUCAGGCAGGAGCGAGGCUGCUUCGGCAGCCCUGACGAAACGCCAGCAUUCACGUUGUCCUCGCUCAUCUCGCUCGCCUCAGUCAGCCUGGCUGGAACGGCCACGCUGUUGCAACUCUCCUUCAACGCUCGUUGCGCCACGUUCGCCGGCCAACUCAAAUGGUCCGUCUACAUCGAGACGGUCUCUGCUUUCGUCGCCAUGGCGGUAGGACAAGUGGAGCUUAUCGGCGGAUGGAGUAGUAGGAGGUACGCCGUCACGCUGCAAGACGUAGAGCGACUCUCAAUCCUCGCCAUCGCCGCAGCGCAGGCUUUGCAAUUCAGCGCCGUUCUUCAACCGCUGCCUGGAUCGGGAGAGCGUCUCGGAGAGGCAGAGUCAUUGCUGGAGAGGUGAGAGCGGCGAGGACCUUGAAGAUUACCCCUGCCAUCGCAACGCGCCCGCCCAUGUAGUGACGUAGUCGUCGCAUGACCUGACCUGUACUAUAUCGAGAAGGGCAGAGCGUUCAAUGAAGGGGCACGCGCGUGCGAGGAUGCAAGUGUGCAACUCUAUCUCAUCAGUUGCCUCGUCUCGUUAGUCGCCGUCAUUGGUGUGGUCUCCUAGCGCACCGCUGGUUCACCGUGCAUGUCGUCGAAGUCUUGGCGACGGCACAGCCCCGCAUCUCGCAGGUUGCAUCGGAUGCGUCCAGAGGUAUAUCAAGAGAGCUCCCAAAUUUGAGAUCGUUCCUCUGUUUCCUCGCAC